AUGUUACCUAAAAGGGAUUAUGUGCAAACAGUUUUUGACAGUUUUAGUGCAAAUGUUGUGGUCGAUGGGAGCACUAUAAAUCUUGGAUUGUGGGAUACUGCAGGUCAAAAAGAUUACAACAGAUUGAGACCUUUGAGUUAUCGUGGUGCUGAUGUUUUCAUACUUGCAUUUUCCCUCAUUAGCAAUGCUAGCUAUGAGAAUGUCUCCAAAAAGGGAGAGGAGCUGAAGAAGCUCAUUGGUGCCCCUGCUUACAUUGAGUGUAGCUCAAAAACACAGCAGAACGUGAAGGCAAUGUUUGAUGCAGCCAUUAAAGUGGUUCUCCUGCCACCAAAGCAAAAGAAGAAAAAGAAGCGAAGGGGUCAAAAAUCAUGCUCCAUUCUGUAACUUUGUGCACAAGAUUUUUAGUGAUGAAUCGAAUGGAAAAAUGGGAAGAAAGUUUGACUUUUCAAUGGUGAAUG